AUGCACCAAAAGUACGGGCCAGUUGUUCGCAUGGCUCCGAACUAUCUCGACCUGGAUUACGAUACGUGUGCUUCCUUGAUCAAGACGUGCUUUGAUACCAAAGGUGUCUGGAGGAAGACCGAAUGGCAUGCCGUCAGCGGAUUCAAAGUCGGCAAUGAGACCAAAUACAACAUUUUCAGCGAAGUGCGCCCAGUAGAGCACAGUCUCAUGAAGAAGCCGGUGGCCAAAUACUGGACGACAAGUGCCGUGGCUCGAAUGGAACCACACAUUGACAGUGUUGUUGCGUUUUUCGCAAAACAGCUCCAAGAUCGUUACGCUGAUGGAGGUGAAGAGAGAAUGGGGAAGUCUUUUAACUUUGGGGAAUGGGCCAUGUUUUUUGCUUGGGACGCUGUAGCCAAGACAACGAUGAGCAAGCGUAUCGGUUAUCUGGAUCAUGGGAGCGACUUCGAUGGAACAUUGGCCUCAGCUGUGAAAGCUUCGAAGUACCUGGUCACUGUUGGCAUGUAUCCUGUAUUGGAUAACUUCCUGGACAAGAAUCCAGUGUACCGCAUUGGGCCACCGACCUACUCUAACAUUGCCUCGUUAGCAGUCAACCUGUUAACAGACAGAUUGACCGGUAAGGACGGGCAUGACGCCACAAAUAACACUGAUUUCAUGGACCAUUACAUCGAAGCGCAAAAGCAGUACCCGGAUAUCGUGGACAACACUAUGGUCAUAUCAUAUGUGCUUGUCAACCUGGCUGCCGGAGCUGACACCAGCGCAGCUGCCCUCCGCACAAUUUUCUAUCUCACCCUUAAACACCCAGCUGUCUGGAAAAAGCUCUCCGAGGCAGUCCUUGCAGCCCCAUUUGCUCAGCCGGGAAAUGUUCAGCUACCAGCUCCGUACACUCAAACCCGGGCGAUUCCGUAUCUCGAGGUCGUGAUUCGCGAGGCACUGCGCCUUUAUCCUGGCAAUCUAUUCCCGCAAGAGCGCAUUGUGCCAGCAGGGGGUCUCAAGCUCCCAGACGGCCGCUUCGUGCCAGAAGGUACGGCCGUUGGAUUCAACGCAUACGCAAUGCAUCGGAACAAGGCGAUCUGGGGGCCUGAUGCGGAAGAGUUCCGCCCGGAGCGGUUUCUCCGCUCGAGCGGCGAGUCAGAGGCUGCAUUCAACGAGAGGAUGCGGCUGUAUAAUGAUAGUGACUUGACCUUUGGGGCCGGCAGCAGGAGGUGCAUAGGCAUGAACCUCGCUCUGAUGGAGGUGUACAAGUCGACAGCGACUCUGAUUGCAAUGUUCGACUUUGAAUUGGCUACUCAGGACGAGUGGACCGUUAAGGCCGAGCUCUUCCCCAGAGCCACAGGGAUUAUUUGCAAGAUUCGUCAAAGGCCUGGCAUGUUCUUGAGGGAAGAUAUCGAUCAGAGCAGCUAG